ACGCUGACGUUUCCCAUUCACUUUUCAGUUGUAGCGCAACAGCAGAGGACUACGGAACAAUAUUUCGGACUAACUUUGAUCGAAAACCACUAAAUGAAUGUCUCAUAUGGCUACAUUUCUUAAGAAGUGUGGGUUUUAUUUCGCCUUCGAUGAUAUUAUCGGACUUUUUUUCGGUUCAAGCGAAGUUAUUAGCAGUUGAAAGCAAAGCUCGCGAAUAGCCUAUAAUCGCUAGUAAUAGUCUAGACGAUAUCUAAAAUGAAUAAUCAUAUCUCGUGGUUCAAUUAUAAUUUAAAGCUGAUUUCAACGAGAAUGUGUAUAGAUUUACUUUUUUUUUUAGUCCGGGAGACGGAGCAGGCAUGGAAUUCCAAUUGCUGUAUGCGCUAGUCUGGAAAAUGGAAGUCACCGCCUCCGUAUGCAGAGCGUGUCAUUGCUGUGACUGGAUUCGACACCACUACGGUCACUUGAGCGCAGAAUACCUUUCCCUGCUGGACCAGAUGGGAGGAGAUAUCACAAAGCAGAAUGCCCCUGUCCUUUUCCCAACAUCACUUUACAGACACAUAGAUGAUGCCGAGGUUGAGGACAAAGUCAGAUUCCGGAAAGAGGUCAUCUAUAAAAUCACAAAACUGUUUGAUGGGAAUAUGAAGUCCGUCACCUGGGACAAGAAAAACCUGGACGAUUUCCUCAAAAUUCUAGAAAAACAAUUUGAAAACCUUAAUUCCUGCGUUAAGUAAGGGUCUAUUUAAAGUAUAAUCCCUGUUCAGGUCAGGGUUCUCCAAUCCCGUUUAUGUUGAGUUACCCUCCUGUAAGUUUUCGCUCCAACCCCAGUUGUAACUAACCUGGUUAAGUUUAUCAACUACCUAAUUAAUCAGGUGUGGUAGAUUAGGGUUGGAGUGAAAACCUACAGGAAUGUAGUUCUCCAGGAACAGGGUUGGAGAGCCCUGGUUUAGUUGUAGCCUACUAACUCUACAAGUGGAGAAAUGGACUUAUAAAGUACAUAUAAUGUGUUCAACUUUUUCCACAUUUUGUUACCUUACAUACCUUUUCUAAAAUUGAUUAAAUGGAUUUUUCCCCUCUUCAGUUUAUACACAAUACCAAAAACCGUGUUUUAGAUAUUUUUUCAAACAUAAUAACAAUACAAAACUGAAACAUCACAUUUACGUAAGUAUUCAGACCCUUUACUCAGAACUUUGUUGAAGCACCUUUGGCAGUGAUUACAGGCUUGAGUCUUAUUGGCUAUCAUGCUACAAACCUGGCACAUCUGUAUUUGAGGAGUUUCUGCCAUUCUUCUCUGCAGAUCCUCUCAAAUUCCAUCCGGUUGAAUAGGGAGCGUCGCUGCACAGCUAUUUUCAGGUCACUCUAGAGAUGUUCGAUCAU